CGUAAGUAUGCUUAGUGUCGUGCCUACGUUGCUAGAACGCUUUAGGCCGCGCAUUACAGUUACCUAGCACCGACCGCUUGUCGGUAUGUUGUAAUAACUUAGAAACGGAUAACAUGCCGCCGCUAAAGGGCGGCGAUGAAACAGACCCGUUUGGGUUGCGACCAAACGCUCCCAUCUCGGUUGUUCGAGCGGCGAAAGCGUCUCUCAGGGAGCCCACGCGCCCUGUGACCCCGGCGGACUAUGGACGGCAGCUUUUCACGACGGGUGAUCCCGGGAACAGACCUUCAACUUCAUACUCGGUAUCUGGAAGUAAAAGCUUCUACCAAGAUGGAUCCCCAAAACUGGCGCUUCCUAGAUUGGACCCAGGAAGGCCGGACACGGCGAGCUCCAGCAUACUCCGUCGCCAGACCUCAGGCAGCAACCUGGACCGGGAGCCGCUGCGGUGUGGGUCAGGCAGGAACUCGCUGCCGGGUCUGGAGGCCACGCUAGCUCCCGCCGGCGGCAGCAGCGGAGGAGGAGGCGGGGGUCGCACGUCGCGGCACUCGACGGCCGACACAGCGGCGGCGGCGCUAAGAGGCACCGCGCCUGGGGACACGGACUUCAGCUUCCACCGGCCCUCUACCGCCUCUCAGCCCCACUCCCGCGGCUCCACCGCGGACGCCACCGCAGCGCCCCACGAAGCCCCGCCGCUGCACGGCGGCCGACACGCCCCCGCCGCAUGCGCCUCCUCCUCCCCAUCCCACGCCCACCUCCACGCAGCCGCCACCACCUCCCCCCUCCAGCCGCACCCUCCAGCACCCCCCCAUCAGACGCUGCACCCCAGCCCCAGCCCCGCCGCCAGUCCCGGCGCCACCCCCGCCCCCCAGCAGCCCCUGGAGCCCAACAGCUACGGGGUCUACAUCGAGGGCGGCGACGGGCCGCUGCUGGACCCCCGCCGCAACGACGACCUGCCCCCGCGCCCCGGCACCUCCCGGGGGCGGCCCGGCUCCGCGGCGCUCUCCGACAUGGACCCCAUCACGGAACGCUACCCGGGGCCGCCCCCCGGGGUGCAGGACAUGGGCAACGGCGCGCAGGUGCUGGACAUGUCGGCCUUUGCGCAGUACUCGGAUGACGAGGACAACGACUUUGACACGGCGGCUGCUGCUGGGACGGGGGCGGGGGCGGCUGUGCAGCAGCAUAGCCAUCACCAGCAGCAGCAACAUCACAAGCAGCAACAGCAGCAGCAGCAAGAACCGGCGCAGCAGCAGCAGGUACCACCGCAGCCGGCCCCUAGCCGCCCCUCCGUUCCCGCCCCCAACCGGCAGGCCUCCGCAGGCUCCACUUCCUCCUCUUCCUCCGCCACCGCGGCGGCAGCCACCGCAGCCGUCGCCGCCAGCUCCUCUUCCGCUCCCAGCAGCAGCACCCUCAGCACCCCCGGCAGCAGCAGCCUGCCCGCUCCAGCCGUGUUGGACAGCAGUGAGGAGUUCCUGACGUGGCGCGGGCAGGUGGAGGGGGUGCUGGGCGACCUCACGGCGGCCAUCAGCAGCCGGGCGGGCAGCAGCGUGCUGUGCGGGCACGCGGGGCGGCUGGGGUCGCUGGUGGAGGAGGCGCGGCGGCAGCAGCACUCCUCGCGCUGGCUCAACUCGGGCAGCGGGGUGUUCCGGGAUGGCGGCGGGGUGCCGCUGAGCAUGCGGGAGGCGAUUUCGGAGCAUGUGUUCCGGUUGAUGGACUCGGGCAGCAGCGAGCUGCUCAUGAAGGCAUGCGGCAUCGUGUUGCGCGUUGUGAAGAGCCGCCAGCCGCUGCUGCAGACCGCCAAGCUGCUGUACCGGCUGAGCAAGGACGGCUCGCACGACUCGCUGUUCCGGCGUGAGGGGCUGCUGGAGCCGCUGGUGCACACCGUGCACAUCAUGGUGGCGUCGGCGCGGGGGGCCAGCAGCAGGGGCAACAUGCAUGAGCCGCUGGUGUACCUGAACGGCUGCCUGAAGAACGUCUCCAACGAGCCCUCCAACCAGAAGGUGCUGGUGCGGCUGGGCGCGCUGCACGUGCUGGCGGCGCUGCUCACACAGCUGGCUGAGCAGGCCCGCGCCGGCGACGAGGCGCUGUCCGAGUCGUGCGGGCAGGUGGCGGUGCAGGUGAGCGGCGUGCUGCGCAACCUGGCGGUCCCGGCGCACAACGCGGGAGCAUUCCUGGCGGCGGGGGUGCUGCCGGCGCUGCGGGCGGCGUGCUCCGCGCUGGGUGGUCAGGUGGAGGUGGUGCUGAACGCGGGGCGCAUCCUGUCCAAGCUGUCGCUGCAUGAGGGGUGCCAGGCGGCCAUGGGCGCGGACGAGGGGUACGCGCCGCUGCUGGUCCAGCUGCUGGGUCAGUACGCGGACAACCGCGCCAUCCUGCUUCGAGUCGCCUUCGUGCUGGGCAACCUAACCACCACUAGCAACGAGUACCGGGAGCAGGUGUGCAACGUGCCGUUCGCGCUGAUGACGGUGAUGGGCAUCCUGCAGCGGUACGCCUUCGGGGGGCCGCCGGCGGAGGGCGGGGCGGGCGGCGGCGGAGCGACCGACCGCCUCUCCCGCGCCGCCAGCCACGAGGACUGCCUGGUCAAGGUGCUGCGCCUGGCCGCCAACCUGGCCAUCUGGCCGGACGCGGGCCACGCGCUGGCCGAGGAGGAGCACGUGGCGGGUGCGCUGCUGCACCUGCUGGAGGCGUACGGCUUCGAGGCGGCGGAGGAGCUGGUGCUCAACACCGUGUGUGCGCUCACCAACCUGUCGUACUACCAGAGCGAGGGGCAGCCGGGGGGCUUCACGAACAAGGUGCUGCAGCUGCCGCCCGACCGGCUGCUGCCGCGCAUCACGCCGCUGCUGAUGUGCGACAACGAGGAGGCGGUCAUUGAGGCGGCCCGCGUGUACGGCAACUUCUCGCGCUCACCCGAAGUGCGUGACUACAUGCAGUCCACCCGAGUGGUGGAGGCGCUGGUGCUGCUGCUGGACCACAGCCACCCGGAGGUGCUCUACUCGGUGUGCGGCACGCUCAUCAACUUCACCAUGGACGCGGCGCGGCGACACGUGCUGGGCGCGCUGGGCGGCACGGCGCGGCUGGUGGAGGUGCUGAGCCGCACCGUGGCGCAGGGCGAGCUGGGGGAGCGCGACGAGGCCAUUGUGGAGGUCGUGUGCAAGGCGCUGUUUAACGUGGCGUCGGCGGACGACGGGGCGGAGUCCACGACGGCGAGUGGGUCGUCGGGGUCAUCUGCCGGUGGUGCGGCAUGCAGUGGCGGCAGCAGCUUUACGCAUGAGGAGGUGGCGGAGGUGCUGUCGGUGGUGGAGGCGCUGGAGGGCAGCGCGGUGGCGGAGGCCGAGGAGAUGGCGUCGGUGCUGGGGCGGCUGGCGGCGCAGAUGCGGCGGCUGCAGCAGCGCAUGAGCUGCGAGGAGCUGGAGGCUCUGCCGGAAUAGGGGAGAGGAGGGGAACGGGUGGUGGGGGCGGCUGCUUGGGGCGUGGAAGGGAUUGGGCAGGUUUAGCCGCCGAGGGUGUUCUUGAGGAAAGGAGGGUAGCGGAUCCGUACAGGUACAUGUAUAGAGUAUACUAGAGUGGGGAAAGGAGUAGCUCGGUUCAUGGGGAAGCAACGCCACUGGGCAAUAGGGAAGCCAGGGUGUACGCAGUUUCCCGGAUUGGGUAUAGGAUAAGCGGAGGUGUGUGCGGGGAGUGACGAGGUGUGCCGUGUACAUUUCAACACGAUUGCCCCGCUGAAGCAGGUCACAAAGGUUCUUGAAGCUAAAGUGGGCGACGCGGUAAUACCGGUGUGCAUACUUGACUAGUGGUCCGUGUUGGUGGCGCUGGUGAUCGCUUGACUCGACACUCCUUUGGUGUCGACCGCCUGUUGUCAUAGUCGACAUCCAUGAACCGAUCAGGAAGGACCUGCCGCAUGGUGCAUGUGUCGUGCAUAUGCCGUGGGUAAGAGAGUGCCAGUGCAUGUGAAGUUUGAAGGCAUAGUUCCACCCUAGAAACCCGUUAAAGCAAUCGGCGCAUAG